ACAUUGAUAAAAAUUAAAAUGUAGCUAUUUUCAAACCAUUCGCACCGAGUGUAUCAUCGAGAACUGUAUACAAAGAUCAAAGUGGUUAGAAAAUGGUUCUGUUAGAGGAAUUUUGGAUUGAUAAUCCGAACGAAACAUUUUGGGAUGAUCCCACAAUGUAUGUGGAUGAUCCAGGAUUAGACAAUCUUUUAUCAAUUACUACAGAUGAACUGUUGUACACAGACAAUGAAGAAACACUAAGUGAUAUAUUACAAGAUCCAGAAGAGAUUCAUUUCAAUAAAGCAGAAAAGUUACCUUUGACCUGUUUAUACCCUAAUUGUGACAAAUCAUACGCUAAACCUUCACACCUUAAGGUACAUAUGCGAAGGCAUAGUGGAGAAAAACCCUAUUGUUGCAUGUGGCCAGGAUGUACCUGGAGGUUCUCAAGAUCUGACGAACUUUCCAGACAUUGUCGUUCCCAUUCUGGAAUUAAACCGUAUAGUUGCAAUUUAUGUGAAAAACGAUUCUCCAGGUCUGAUCAUUUAGCUAAACACUCUAGGGUACAUCGGAAAAAAACAUCUAAUAACGGUCGUCGAAGACAAAUGCCAGAUAUUUGUAAUUCUAAAUAGCAAAUACAAAUUCAAGAAAAAACUUGAAACAAAAGUAAUACUAAAAUAAAAAUAAAAACUCGCAAUGUUUCAAAUUUAAAUCAUUUUAUAUUUGUUUUUUUUUCACAAUCACGCAAAUAUUAAUUUUACAAUCUAAGAAAAACUUAAUAAUUACUAUAACUUAUAUUUAAAAUGCAACAACGCCAAAUUGAUCAAACCCAAUAAAACAAAACAAAAUAAACAAGAAACCUUAUAGUAUGAGACAUGAAUUUUAAAACAAUAUACAAAAAUUUUUGUUUUCAUUUACCUUAAAACUUAUAAUUUUUUAUUAACCAAUUAAAAGCCGGGAUAGAAAAUAAAUAAAUAAUAAAAAAAAAAAAA